UCGCCGGAGACCUUUCCCGGCGGUUUGAGAUUAAGCAUAUUGACCAGGAGAUGAAUAUGGUUGUGAAUGGUAUGGCCACUUUCGCUCUUUCCUUGGGCCCGGGCUUGGUGAGAAGUGAGUAGUGACAACAUAAACCCUAAUUUUGUUGUAAUUUGGGUUGGCGGGAAGUGAGUAGGGCGUGUAUUUCUUUUGGUGUGAAAUUUGUUGCAGUCAUUGAUCACGGAAAAGGGAAAAGAAAGGAAUUGGAGAGCUUUAAAAUAGGAGACGUAAGGAAAGGAAGUCAGGUCAAUUAGUUUUUCUUUGUCGAUCUAAUUCUUGAUUUUAAGAUAUUUGAUUACGGAUUUUAAAAGAAAGAAAGCUUAUACUUUUCUUAUUCAUUACUUGUAAGUAAAAGCAGAAAAAAGUUAAAAAUAUAAUAGAAUCCAAAUAAUUCCAAUUCGUAUUCCUUACAUGUAAAAAUACGCUGAUCCAACUUAAAGUAAAGAAAUGCUCACGAGACUCUUAAAAGUUGAACCUUAUGUUAUUUCACGUUUUUUGUAUAAUAUUUUAUAAUAUUUGCACAAUGUUAUAUAUUGUUAACACACAAAUUUUGCAAAAAACAUAAGUUAACGAAUAAUUCUAAAAGAAGUCCAUCUUGAGAGAUUCUUUCUUCUUUUAACAUUUCUCGUGUAAGAAUUGCUCUAUUUUUACACUCCAACCAAAGUUUUGGCGCGUACCCAAAUAAAAUAAGUAGCGUUGCGUAGGAAUUUUAAAUUACCGUUAUUAUUUUCCGUUUGUUUCCCCGAUAAAAAUUUAAAAUUAAAUCAAUGUGUUCAUAUAAAACCCUAAACCUUGUAUAAAAGCAAUUAAACUCCCCAUUCCCCCUCUCUCCCCCUCCUUCCUUCGACCUAAGAAACUCUGAAAGACUGUAACUUUACUCCGCUUCGGCGACGAAAUUCCGUUUUUGGCCAUGUCCAGCUCACAUAAAGAGAAGAAGGGAGCAGAGGAGCGCGAACAGCAACAUGGGCUGAUCAGUAAUAAGAAACGGAAGGAGAUUUUCCCCUACGGAAACUACAAAAGCUACUACGGCUAUCGGAUUGGUCAAGAAAUGGAGGAAGAUGCUAGAUUGAAGGUUUUCAAGAAGGAAUGGUUCGAAGGAAAGGAUUGUCUUGACAUUGGCUGCAAUUCUGGAAUCAUGACCAUUCAAAUUGCCAAAAAGUUUUGCUGCCGGAGCAUUCUCGGUGUUGACAUCGACGCCAAUCGAAUUCAGGAUGCUUACUGGCACGCCAGGAAAUUUUUGAGAACGGAGAAUGCUAGGAAGACUCCCGGAAAGGCUUCUAAAUUGGAGGGUGUAAAUGGCUCUUCCGAGGAGAAGGAUCUGCUCGACACAGUAUCUUUCCGAAAAGAAGAUUUUGUUAACAGUCGGGAUCCACACAAAAAUCAUUACGACACCAUUAUAUGUUUGAGCGUGUCGAAAUGGAUUCAUCUGAAUUGGGGUGACGAUGGAUUGAUUACGUUAUUUACAAGGGUUUGGAGUCUACUUCGUCCGGGCGGAAUUUUUGUGUUGGAACCUCAACCUUGGACGUCCUACGAAAAGAAUUAUAGAGUUUCUGAGACAACUAAAGAAAAUUAUAGGAAUCUUAUGGUGUACCCGAAAGAUUUUCAAGACUUACUUCUGGAUAAGAUAGGAUUCAGAAAAGUGGAGGACAUCACUUCAAGCGUGUCGGGCAGCAAAACCGGAUUCAACAGACCAAUUUUAGUGUUCCACAAAUGACAUACCUGGUAAUGCAGCUCCGGGAGUAGGGCUGGUUUUUCCGUCUGAGAAGCCGUUGUUUAUGUGCCAAUAGAUGGAACAUGUCCUGUCCCAAUUUUGCAUCUGCUCCUAGUAUUUUGUACAUAUACAUUAUAAUGUAUAGCGGGUUAACAAUUUUGAAGAA